GGAUGUCCUGUCAUGCUAGGAACAUGCUAUACUUUAUUUAUAUACCAUGACAGAGUCCAGAAACCGAAAUAGAACAAAGCAGCAAUGCAUCGGCAUGCAGCAGCCGGCAGCACUAAUACAGGCUAUGCUGCAUUUAGACUGUGACAAACACACACACACACACACACACACACACACAUAGGAAUGCAGAUGGAACUUUCUGGUUGGUGUGCAUGUGUAUAUAAGCAGCAGGGAAGUCCAGCAUCAGACAGUUCAGACUCCAGACCCCAAGCUGUGAUCUGAAGAAAACAGAAGAAGAAGCAGGAUGUUGUGCGCCAGCGUCUUCCAGCCGUCUGCCGUCGCCGUGAGGCCUUUUGUGGACAUGCACUGGCCGAUCCGCAGCCUGUGGCCCGAGACGCGUCCUCUCUUCUACCACAUUGAGCAGGAGAUGCUCCGCCACAUGCAGGAGAUGCGACAGAGCAUGGAGUACAUGGAGCGGCUGCACCAGAGGAUCUUCGACGAGAUCGACCACACGCCGGCGUCCGCCACCUUCAAACCCAUCGCCUUCCAGGAGCUGAGGCCCGACGACUGCAGCUUCGCGCUCAGUCUGGAUACCAAGGAGUUCUCCCCUGAGGAGUUGUCAGUCAAACAGGUGGGCAGGAAGCUGAGGGUGAGCGGCAAGACAGAGAAGAAGCAGGACGACGGCAAGGGAUCCUAUUCCUACAGGUGUCAGGAGUUCAGGCAGGAGUUUGAUCUGCCGGACGGUGUUGACCCCGAGGCCGUCAGCUGCUCACUGGUGGGCGGUCAGCUGCAGAUCCAGGCCCCGCGGGAGAAAGCAGCCAGCGACGGGAAGGAGAGAGUGGUGCCCAUCAACGUCACGUCCACCCCGGCGAUCACGACGUCCUCAACCGUGUCCUCCGAGGGGUCAGAGGUCAACGGCCCUUCUUCGACAGAGAACUGAGAAAGAGUGAGAACUCUGGCCUCUGGACACAUUGGGCAUUUUAGAUUUUUAAAUAUUUUGAAUAAUUUCUGUUUGUUUUAACCAACAAUUAUGAGCCAUGCGGACAAUAAUAAAAGCACUGAGUCACAUUUUACUUCUAAAAAUGAUGGAUGAUGCCUUCAACAACAUCCUUCUCUUUACCGGCAUGCAUGUCACAGCACUGUCAAGAUAAGUUAUUAUUAAAUGUGGUGUCCUUAACAAAGCGGUGUGCUAUAGCAUUAUAAAAAGUUCUAUACUUUGCAUCAUGAAAUUAAAUCAUAUAAAAUGAUGUUAAAAAUAAAAGUAAAAUAAACAGUCAUGAAAAUUGUAAUAGCUACAUUAGUAUAUACAUGGACUACAUUGUUUAUAAAAUAAAAACAUGUUUAUAUUGUACUAAUAAUCAUCAUUUGAGGUUUUUACUUAUUACGGAACUCCAGUGCAUGUUUGUUUUAACAUGAUACCAGUAUGGUCAAAGGUGUCAAGACAAUUAAAAAAAAUCAAAGUAAUAAAUAGUAUAUUUAUACUAUUUCGUAUAUGAUUUCUAUAUGAAUUACCAUAUCAAGAUACAAUUAACAAUAUAUUUUUAAUAAAAAAAAACCCUUACCUUUUUCAAACUAAAACCAGAAAAUAACUUGUAAUUAUUGACAAUAAACACAAGACACUGGUGUUCAUUCUUUGUAAAAUAAUUCUCAAUAAACUUAAUUUAUUCACAAACUGCUUUUUUUUCUCCAAAUUGCCAU